GUUUUGGAGAGAGGAAGAAGAUGAUCUCCAAGUCGAGUCUGUACCAUGUGGUUGAGUCCAUGGCGCCGCUGUACGUGGCCAUGGGCCUCGGCUACGCGUCCGUCCGGUUCCGGGCAUUCACGCCGGAGCAGUGCGCGGGAAUCAACCACUUCGUCGCCCUCUUCGCCAUGCCGCUGCUCAUCUUCCGCAUGAUCUCCUCCAACGACCCCUACGCCAUGAACCUGCGCUUCAUCGCCGCCGACACCAUCCAGAAGGCGGCCAUCCUCGCGGCGCUCGCCCUGUGGGCGCGCCUCAGCGCCCGGGGCUCGCUCGCCUGGGUCGUCACCCUCUUCUCCCUCGCCACCCUGCCCAACACCAUCAUCAUGGGCGUGCCCAUCCUCCGCGGCAUGUACGGCUCCAUGUCCGGAACCCUCAUGGUCCAGAUCGUCGUCCUCCAGUUCGCCUUCUGGUACGUCCUCGUCGUGUUCCUGUUCGAGUACAUGGCCGCGCAGCGCGCCCUGGUCGCCAAGCAGCAGCAGGCCGCCGCCCCCGCCGCCGUCGUCCUGACCGUCCUCGAUGGCGACCAGCAGAUCAACGCGUCCGCAGUCGUGCCGGUCACCGAGGGAGAUCGCAAUGCAGACACGAACACUGAAGCGGCAAUGCCGCCACCUCCAGCAGAAGCAGAAGCAGCGAUGGCUGCGCCAUCGGCGAAGCUAAUUCUACUGAUGGCCGCGAAGAAGAUCCUAAAGAUUCCGAGCAUACACGCAAGCAUGCUCGGCCUCGUGUGGUCUUUCAUCGCAUACAGGGAAGGCAUCAAGCUGCCAACCAUCAUCGACGACUCAGUGGCGAUCAUCUCUGUCUCGGCAACAGGGUUGGCCACGUUCAGCGUAGGUACUUUCAUGGCACAACAAAGCCGGUUCAUUUCAUGUGGCUGUUCUGUUGCGAGCUUAGCCAUGGCGAUGAGGUUCCUGGUAGGACCUGCUGUCAUGGCCGCUUCAUCGCUCGCCGUAGGGCUGCAUGGUGAUCUCUUACAUGUAGGGAUUGUCCAGGCUGCUCUUCCUCUGGCUGUAAUAUCAUUUGUUUAUGCAAAAGAAUAUAAUGUGCAUCCGGAGAUCAUGAGCACAGGGGUCAUCGUUGGCACAUUUGCAUCUUUUCCCAUCACAAUCAUCUAUUACAUAUUACUAGGAUUGUAGAAAGGUGAGGGAGUUUUCUGGUAGAAAGACUAGAGCAUGAUGAUGAUCAUCCCCCAUUGAUUGAUU